AUGCUCGCUUCAGCGUCACCCGAGGGCAUUGUGGCCCACAUGAACAAGUCACACAAGCUUGCACUCGAAGACUUCCUGUAUGCGUACGGAGACGUGAAAAUCACGGACAAAAUCGCUAACGUUCGACUCGAGAAGAUCGAACUGACGCAUAUGACGCUGUCGUUCAACCAUUUCGAGGUCGAGUUCGAGAUAGAAAAGGUGGUGCUGUUUGAUCCACCGCUAAAGGAGUGGAGCGAGGCACGUCCCAGGCUGGUGGAAAUGGCCAAAGUGGCAGCGACCAAACGCGGUUUCUCACACGUGCAGAUCAACGAGAUCAGCCCGCCCUCUGGCCUUGGUGGGUACGCGUUCAUCGCACUGGUGUUCUUCCCGCUAGCAUGUUACUACAACCGGUCACUGCUGAACUACGUGCCUGUUGUGGGCCCGUAUUUCGAUAACGGCGCACUGCUUGUGGUCGUCGAAAUUGCUGCGUUUGCAAUCCACGUUGCCGAGUGUGUGUACAUUUUGAAACCACGACUCGAUUUCUACAGGGUUCCGACCGAUUUUCUCAUUGAGUGGUAUUUCUUUGGGCUUUUGGAGGGCUAUCCUGCAGUCAAAAGAUUUGACAAGCUGGCAAAAGAGAAAACACUACGUUCGUCCUGA